AUGCAUUUUACAGCAGGAGCUUUGUGUGUCUCAAUGACAUUCUCAAGCCUCGUGUCUGCUCUAGUAGCACCUCGGGAUUUACUGCCUGGAGCAACAGCCUGUACCCAACUUGUCACAGCGCUCGGAGCUGCCAAAGUCCAGGGUCCCCGGACCAUACCUUACCAUCUCACGCAGGAAGACUACUGGAAUGCGGUACAAAGUUCAUACCACCCCUCAUGCGUGGUCUACCCCAAAUCUGCACAGGACGUAUCGACAAUACUGAAAACCGUCAAGACUGCUGGAUCACGAUUCGCCAUCAAAGCUGCUGGCCACAACCCGAACACCUUCUUCUCUUCCGUUGAGAGUGGAGUGUUGAUUGACUUGAACUCCAUGACUGAGAAGUCUUACAACUUGUCCACCACUUUGGGAUCCUAUCAACCAGGAGGCACGUUUGGCGAUAUUUAUAACUACUUCCACCAGUAUGGCAGAACCGUGGUCGGAGCUCGUCUUGCGGGAGUUGGUACUGGUCUUGCUCUGGGUGGUGGCUUGAGUUAUCUCUCCGGACAAUACGGUCUUGCUUGCGACUCGUUCCGCGAGCUCGAGGUCGUUCUACCCAAUGGUGACAUCGUGACGGCUUCGCCCACAGAGAACGAAGACCUCUUCUUUGCGGACCGUGGCGGUGGUGGCAACGCAUAUGGUGUCGUCACAAAAUACACUGUGCAGACAAGACCGUCCGGCACAUUCUACGCUGGCAAUCUGAUCUACCUCUUCAAGCAAACGGCGAAUGUGCUUGAAGCCAUACAAAACUUCAUGAAGUACAACACCGACCCGAAAGCGGCUAUCAUCGGAACCUAUGAGAAACUCUUUACUCCCGCCCUUGGAGAUCUUGAUCUGGACGAAGCAGUCAUCAUGUUUCUGGUCUAUGACGGUCCGGAUCCUGGUAAUGCUUUCGACAAUUUCACCGCACUACCUCAUGUGCUAAACACUCUGGGUCCCAAGACUUAUCCGGAAGUGGUGAACAUGCCUAUCCCAAUGUCGACAGAACUCAGUCGUGGUAACAACAUCUUUCGAGUACAAGUUCAUCGAGUCGACGACGACUCAUACCACACAGCCUUUGNNGAAGCCUGGGAGAAGUGGUGCAAGGUCAACAAAGGCUCAUAUGUCAUUUCUUCGCUUGAUUUCCAACCAGUGGCAAAGAGUCUGACAGAUGCAUCGAAUGCUCAGAAUGGCGGAAAUGCCAUGCAGAUGCCUGAUGGACCUUGGUUCUGGCUCAAUUUCUUGCUUUCCACCCCUCCAGGCAUGUCGAAGGCCGCUUACGAUAAAGUCCAGCAGAGCUUCAGAGACAUGGUCAAUUCGGUUCCCAACGCUGAAGGACUGCCACUGUUCAUCAACGAUGCCAGCUUUGAUCAGAAUCCCUUACAGACAUUCAGCACCUACUCUCGUCUGCAAGAUAUCAAGCAAAAGUACGACCCUGAUGGCUUCUUCGCAAACUACACAGGUGGUUGGUCAUUCUCAUGA